GAGCACACCCAUAAUGUGCAAGAAAAGGGAAACCAAACUCUAUACAAAGAAGAUGAUGACGAACAAGGUUUGGACCAUCGGGUUGGCUGUCAUCUCGACCUUAGCACUCUUUGGCAGCAAGCCGAUAAUGGGGCAGCGGCUCCCUCUGCCACAGGUGCAAGACGCACAGGUGCCUUGUUUCUUCAUCUUCGGCGACUCCUUGGUCGACAAUGGCAACAACAACGGCAUGCUCACCCUCGCCAGGGCUAACUAUCGACCCUACGGCAUUGAUUUCCCCUUGGGCGCCACCGGCCGCUUCACCAACGGUCAAACUUACGUUGACGCUCUCGCUCGGCUGCUAGGGUUUCAAAACUUCAUCCCGCCGUUCGCCAGAGCUAGAGCGCCGCGGGAAGUGCUGAGGGGAGUCAACUUCGCUUCCGGGGCUGCCGGCAUCAGGGAAGAAACCGGUAACAAUUUGGGAAAUCAUGCGUCGAUGAACCAACAACUGAACAACUUCGGGAGCGUGGUGCAAGUGAUGCUGAGGUAUUUCAGAGGCGACACUUCUCUGCUGAAUUCCUACCUGGGCCGGUGCAUCUUCUUCUCCGGCAUGGGAAGCAACGACUAUCUCAACAACUACUUCAUGUCCAAUUUCUACACCACCGGCUCCGAUUACACCCCCGAGGCCUUUGCUUCCCUCCUCCUUCAAGACUACGCCAACCAACUCGCCAAGUUGCACACGAUGGGUGCCAGGAAGGUGAUAGUGACGUCGGUAGGGCAAAUCGGGUGCAUACCUUACCAACUCGCCAGGUACACCAACAACAACAACACCAAGAACAGCCGAUGCAACGAGAAGAUAAACGACGCCGUUUCCAUGUUCAACUCCGGUCUCAAGCGGCUGGUCCAGCGCUUCAACGCCGGCGGCACGGAGCUUCCCGGAGCCAAGUUCGUUUACCUCGACUUCUACAAGAGCACCAGCGACUUGUAUCUCAACUCCUCUCAAUACGGGUUUGAGGUGAUAGACAAAGGUUGUUGUGGGGUUGGGAGGAACAACGGGCAAAUCACAUGCUUGCCGUCGCAGCAGCCGUGCCAAGACCGCCGGAAGUACCUGUUUUGGGAUGCAUUCCAUCCGACGGAGCUAGCGAAUGUGUUGCUGGCGCAGUCGUCUUUUUCGAAUCAAACCUUCACUUAUCCCGUCAAUAUUCAACAACUGGCUAUGGCUUGAGAAAGAUAAUUAAUUAUGAUUAGUUUGGUCGAUAUGUGAUUUCUUAGGCUGUAUGUGUGGUGGAUGGAUUUGGUAUUUUGCAUGUAUGCAUGCAUGCAGAAAAAACCCACUUAAUUGUAAUAAUAAAAAGUUGACCUGUCACUCAUAAAUAAAUAAAAAUUGGAAGAACUUUUCAACACUGAAGCUGCAUGUGAUAGUAUAGUCUCAUUCGUGAAUGAAAUUAUAGGCUGGUGAAAACAUUCAUCAUGUGAGAGGAAACAUACAUCUUUUUCUAACUUAGACACUAUCAAAAAGGUGAUGAUUAAAAAGUGGAACAAGGAAUAUACUUUGGGAGAGUUAAUUAGGAGAGUAUGUUUAUGGUGAUUUUCACCGGGACUUGGAGAAAACAUUCAACCGUUUCUGGUAACUGGUCAACCUUUUUUAGAAACUGGUCUAGUACUACUGUAUCUAGGAAAACAAUCGACCGCAUCAGACAAAGUGUACGUCAACCUCUUUAAUAAGCGGCCGACCGGAUGACACACUUACAUUUAACUAACACCUGCUUUUUGAAAGUGUUAGACCAUUUUCGGCAAAUGGUUUACCACUUUUGAAGAACGAUCGACCAGAUGACACAGUUCCCUUCUACUUAUAUCAGGAAAAUAAUGGACAAUAGGAGGCCUACAGUAUAAAUGGUUUUGUAGUAAUACAACAUCCUAUCACACGUGAGCAACCAAAUCUCUGUGAAGAUUAUAGGCCUAGACAAUAAGAAAUAAGACGUUCUUUGGUAGAACGCGCAAAAACAAGAUGAUAAGAGAUUUAUAGACAUUGAAGAUGACACAAUUGUAUGACAAUAUUCAUACACACUUUUUAGUAGAUUCAUAACAACAAUAGCAACAAAACUCUUCCAUCACAAGAUAACUAUAGAAUGAUUCUCUCUCUUACUUUUUUUGAACUAUUUGCUCUCCCUUCUCUCUAAAGGCCGACCUUUUCCCUUCUCAUCAGGGCUGCCGCCGGUUUUCCUUUGGUGACCGGCGGUGGCCCAAGGUUUUUUCUUUUGCUGUUCUUUUCUAUAUUAUGCUUGUCUUGCGUUUUUUCCCCAGCCCAUGGUGGUUUUUUCCGGACCUUCAUGGUCAUUCUCCAAGUGGUUUUAUCCACAAUGUUCUUUCUAGUUUCUAGAUCUCGUUUGGCUUUGCUCAUUGGAUCUGAAAACUGCAACUUAAAGUGCUUCUAAUGGUGUGUUGUUUUUGGGGGUUCUACUCUUUGUUGGUGUGCUCAUCUCUUCUGUUGAGCAGAUUCACUGUUCCUCCCUUCCUUCUGUCACUGGUUUUAUUGAAGAUGUUCUGUCGACUGAAGUAGGGGGUGUGGUGUCAUUUUCGGGGUCGUUGGCUUUGUUGCUCUGGCUUUCUCGAGAUGGUGAAGUUGAUUCUUCAUUUUCCCGGUUCCUGGUCAUCCUAGCCCCCGGCUUCCUUGGCCUUUUCAGCUCAGAGCAUCCCGGUUUCAGCCUGCCCACCGCCGAGUAAUCCCUUCCAUGAGAUUCACUGUGAUGGGUCGUCUCUGAACGAUCCCCAGGUGGCGGCUUAUGGCAUUGCAAUGUUCAAUAGCCAUGGGCUUGUCUGGUUUCGGGUGAGUUGGAACCUUGCUUGUGUCGUGCUGAAUGUUGUGGAAGCAAGGGGUUCUGGGUUCUCAAUGUUAGCAUCCUGUUGUGGAGAUUCUUUUGUUGGAGAUCAAUCUAUUUCCUUUUCAUUUUCUGGCCUUCUCUUUUGAUUUAGAUUACUUUGACAUUUGGCUCCAUUGUUGCUCUGUUUCCUGCUCUCAUUGUAGUUCCCACCCCUUGUAACCGUGACUCUCAUUGCAAUACAAGUGCUCCUCUUGUCAAAAAAAAAAAAAAAAAGAUAACUAUAGAAUAAAAAGUAAGCAAACUUAGAAAUUUAAGGAUAGAUGAAAAUCUCUAUAAAGUAAGUCAAAUCUA